AUGGAGCUUGCAAGGGAGGUUGAAAAAUACUUGGCCUCUAGGAAGGUGGCAAAGAAGGCAAUUAAGAAGGUCUUAAAGGGCAUGCAAACUAAGUUGAACUCUAAGAAAAAUGAAGAUCUAGCCAUUGUUAACUUGUUAAAAGAGCUAGAGUCUGGAACUAUCUUGGUUUUUGAAUCACUCUUGACCUUCAUAUCUGGAUCAAAUUUACAAUCAAAAUCAAGCGGCUGGUUUGUAGUUUCCAAGCUGGUGCACCCCAAGAGAAUAGCAUGUGAGGGUGAAGAAACAGAUGGAAAUGACUUUGAGAAGGUAGAUGCGGCAUUACAAUCUCUUGUUAGUCACAAGACAAGCAAAUGUGAUUACUCCAUCGAUGUUCAGAAUGUGCAGGACUGGAUGGGGAAAUUGGAGUCAAGCAUUCAAGAUGUUGAAGAGGUGCUUGAAUGUUUGUCAAGGCGUCUAGUGAAGACCCGAGUUUCCUUUCUCAAUAUCCUCAACCAUUAG